CUUGUAGGUUCGUGUUGGCUUGAACGCAGUCAGAUCGUUGUGUGGUCUCGUGGUGGUGGUGGUUGGUCUGCGGGCGAUUUGCGCCAGUACGUGAGUGAGUGUGUCUGUGCUAGUAGUGGCCGUGUCACGGGAUCGACUCUUCAUCGCUGCGAUUUUUGUAACAGAGUUUUGGCCCAGUGUCGAGGAGCAUCGCAGUCCGUGUAACGCGCCAGGACCGAUACGCCGCCGCCAGAUUUAGGUGACCACAGGGAGUGGAUGAUGGUAAAGGAGAAAAAGGACAGAUAGCAGUGUACAACAGAAGGCCAGCAUGACAUUCGAAUCCAUAGACCGGUUCUGUGGUUCGCCGUUUUGGGAUACCAACUUAACAUGGCACACAGAGGAUCCUGAUUUGACAGAUUGCUUCCAGAGGACUGUUCUUGUUUGGGUACCCUGUGUUUUUCUCUGGACUUUUUCUGCUUUGGAGACCUACUACCUGUUAAGCAGCAAAACAAGGAAUGUUCCAUGGAACUGGCUCAAUGCAACAAAACUAGUCAUUACAUUAAUUUUGGUUGUACUGACAGUCGCAGAUCUGGGGAAUGCAUUUCAUCUGAUUUCACUGAACGAGGAUGUGCAUCCAGUAGACAUAUUCGUUCCUAUAAUCAAAAUUAUGACAUUUUGCCUAGCUGGUGCUCUCCUCUUCUACAACCGUAAAAGAGGCAUGCGAACAUCGGGAUUGCUGUUCCUAUUCUGGUUACUCCUUGCACUUUGUGGUGCAGUGCAGUACCGUGCACAGAUAGCAUUAACUUAUGAAAACACAUUUGAACCAGCAUUUUCGUUCAUUUCAUAUAUGAUAUAUUACCCUCUAAUAUUGGUGAUAUUAGUCCUGAGUUGUUUUGCCGAUGCCGCUCCAAGAUUCUCUGAAUAUCCUACAGUUGAGAAACCGUGUCCUGAAGGAAGUGCAUCAUUCCUCUCAAGAAUUCUCUAUACAUGGUUUGACAGGUUAGCUUGGAAAGGUUUCAGAAAGCCACUGGAAAUGAAAGAUUUGUGGAAUAUGAACCCAGAAGACACUGCUAGGGAAGUGCUCCCUCAAUUUGAUAAGCACUGGGAAAAGACUCUGCAACAGACUGCUAAUGCUCGUGCUCCCAAAGCAUCAUUUCACAAAAAUGCUGCUAGUGUUGACUUUGUGGGAACACAAUCUAAAAAGAAAUACCAGGCGUCUAUCCUACCAGCUAUUUGCAAGGCAUUUGGUCCUACAUUUCUUUUUGGUGCAUGCCUCAAAUUCAUACAAGAUGUUCUCAUGUUUGCGAAUCCCCAGAUAUUGAAGUUGCUCAUCUCCUUCGUGGAAGGAAAUGAGCCUAUGUGGAAGGGAUACACUUACGCAGGUCUUAUGUUUGCAACAGCAGCAGUACAAACACUGGUGCUGGCACAGUACUUUCAUCGUAUGUUCAUCGUUGGACUCCGUGUCAGAACUGCAGUGAUAGCAGCAGUUUACAGAAAAGCACUUCGUAUGUCAAACUCGGCAAGAAAGGAAUCAACAGUUGGAGAAAUUGUUAAUUUGAUGUCAGUGGAUGCCCAGAAACUAAUGGAUCUUACCACCUAUCUGAAUAUGAUUUGGUCUGCUCCUUUACAGAUCGCACUAGCCCUGUAUUUUCUCUGGGAUAUCUUAGGUCCAUCCGUGCUUGCUGGUCUCGCAGUCAUGAUAAUCAUGAUACCGCUUAAUGCCUAUGUAGCAAAUAGAGUAAAAACACUUCAGAUGCGUCAAAUGAAAUAUAAAGAUGAAAGGGUAAAACUUAUGAAUGAAGUCCUAAAUGGGAUGAAAGUUUUAAAACUGUAUGCUUGGGAGCCAUCAUUUGAACAAGAGGUUUCAAGAAUAAGAAACAAAGAAAUCAAAGUACUGAAGCAAUUGGCAUAUCUCAAUGCAAUAACAUCAUUUAUAUGGUCCUGUGCUCCUUUCCUGGUAUCCCUAACAACCUUUGCCACAUAUAUUAUGUGGGAUGAGAAAAAUGUUCUGGAUCCCGAGAAGGCAUUUGUAUGCCUAACCCUGUUCAACAUGAUCCGUAUGCCCCUGACCAUGCUUCCUAUGUUAAUAGUGUUUGUCGUACAGGCAAAUGUGUCAAUAAAGAGAAUGAAUAAGUUCAUGAAUUGUGAAGAACUGGACCCCAAUAAUGUUACACAUGAUUAUUCUGACAAAUAUCCUCUUGUCAUGGAAAAUGGUACCUUCAGCUGGGGCCCUGAUGAAAGUCCAAUAUUAAGAAGCAUUAAUCUGCAAAUCAAACAAAGUUCAUUGGUAGCUGUUGUUGGAACUGUUGGUUCAGGAAAGAGUUCACUGGUUUCAGCUUUUCUUGGUGAAAUGGACAAAAUUACUGGCAGGGUUAACACCAAGGGUUCAAUUGCUUAUGUACCACAGCAGGCAUGGAUACAGAAUGCUACUUUGAAGGACAACAUUCUGUUUGGUAAAUCCUUAGAGCAGUCUUCAUACCUUCGAAUAGUAGAUGCAUGUGCACUUAAACCUGAUCUUCAGAUGCUACCGGGUGGUGAUCAGACAGAAAUUGGAGAAAAGGGUAUAAAUUUGAGUGGUGGUCAGAAACAGAGAGUCAGUUUGGCUAGAGCAGUUUAUAGCAAUGCUGAUAUAUAUUUUCUAGAUGAUCCUCUCAGUGCUGUUGAUAGUCAUGUUGGAAAGCACAUCUUUGAAAAUGUUAUUGGACCAACAGGAUACUGAAAAAGAAGGUAAACACGAGUGCUGGUGACACACAGUAUAACAUUCCUGCCAGAGGUAGACCUCAUUGUAGUUCUUAAAGAUGGUGAAGUUACUGAGAUUGGUGCUUAUAAGGAAUUGCUUGAAAAGAAGGGUGCAUUUGCAGAGUUCCUUGUCCAGCAUCUUCAGGAGGCUGCCACAGAUGAAGGCGAUGGAGAGCUUGAAGAGAUCAAACAACAGUUGGAGGACACAAUUGGUGCUGAAGAACUAUCACAAAAAUUGAAGCGAGCAAGGUCAAGAGUUUCAGAAAGUCACAGUGAUAGUGGCUCAAUUGGUGAUAAAAAUUCACUUUCAGUGUCGGGAUCAGUAUACAGGCAAAACUCAAUAGAGAGUAGCACUGAGAAGAGUAAUAGCCUUAAAAGAGCCAAUAGUGUUGAGAAGAAUAAUGUACUUGUUAAAUCAGUGCAGCCUGGGGAGAAGCUUAUAGAAAUUGAGAAAGCAGAAACAGGAAGUGUGAAAUGGGCAGUUUACUCACAUUACCUGAAAUCUGUGGGCAUAUUUCUCUCAUUGGCCACAAUAUUAUUUAACUUCGUAUUUCAAGCAUUUUCAAUUGGUACUAACAUCUGGCUAUCUGUCUGGUCAAAUGAUGCAGAUUAUGUUGCUAACACUUCAGAUACAGCGAAGAGGGAUCUCUACUUAGGCGUAUAUGGAGCACUGGGUUUCGGGCAAGCUCUUGUCUCCUACUUAACUGAUCUGCUGCCACUGCUGGGCUUAUGGCAUGCAGCCAGAACAAUGCAUGCAGCGAUGUUGUACGGGGUUAUGCGUGCACCACUCAUGUUCUUUGAUACAACACCCAUUGGUCGAAUAAUGAGCCGCUUCUCAAAAGAUGUUGAUGUCUUGGACACUACGAUGCCCCAGCUGAUUUCUGAUUGUCUCUAUUGCUUGUUUGAGGUACUGGCAACCAUAGUUGUUAUCAGCUAUAGUACGCCAAUAUUUAUGGUAGUUAUUAUACCAAUUGGAAUUUUAUACUAUUUUAUACAGCGUUUUUAUGUAGCAACAUCCAGACAGCUCAAACGUCUUGAAUCAAUUUCCAGAUCACCAAUAUAUUCUCAUUUUGGGGAAACAGUGACAGGUGCUUCAACCAUCCGAGCAUAUGGUGUGCAGCAGCGGUUCAUCCGAGAAAAUGAGAAUAAGGUGGAUGUGAAUCAAGUGUGUUAUUAUCCUAGCAUUAUUGCAAACAGGUGGCUUGCUGUCAGAUUAGAGAUGAUUGGCAAUUUAAUAAUACUAUUUUCAUCACUGUUUGCGGUCUUGGGUCGUGAUUCCAUAAAUGCUGGAAUAGUGGGACUGUCUGUCAGCUAUGCACUCCAGGUAACACAAACUCUAAACUGGUUGGUAAGAAUGACGUCAGAUGUGGAGACAAAUAUUGUGGCAGUGGAAAGAAUAAAAGAAUAUGGCGAAACUCCUCAGGAAGCACCGUGGGAAGUACCUGCAACACAACCACCUAAUGACUGGCCUUCAAAAGGGGAAGUGCAGUUCAAAGACUACAAAGUGCGCUACAGGGAGGGCCUCGAUUUGGUAUUGCAUGGAAUUACAUUCAGUGUUUCUGGAGGAGAAAAGGUCGGUAUAGUGGGCAGAACUGGAGCAGGCAAGUCUUCACUGACAUUAGCACUGUUCCGCAUCAUAGAACCAGCUGGUGGCUCGAUUGAAAUUGAUAAUGUCGAUGUAACCAAGCUGGGAUUACACGCUCUGCGGUCACGUCUCACUAUCAUCCCUCAAGAUCCAGUUCUGUUUUCUGGGACACUACGUCUCAAUCUCGAUCCUUUCAAGAAGCAUUCAGAUGAGGAGGUAUGGCGUGCACUUGAACAGGCUCAUUUGAAGGCUUUUGUGAAAGGUUGUGCUGCAGGCCUCAAUCACGAGGUUACUGAAGGUGGUGAAAAUCUCAGUGUUGGGCAACGCCAACUGGUUUGCUUGGCCAGAGCCCUACUGCGAAAGACAAAGGUGUUAAUUCUUGAUGAGGCUACGGCUGCUGUUGACCUUGAGACUGAUGAUUUGAUACAGCAAACAAUACGCACAGAAUUUGAACACUGCACAGUCCUGACAAUCGCUCACAGGUUAAACACAAUCAUGGACUACAACAGAAUUAUUGUUUUAGACAAAGGAAAAGUUGUAGAAUUUGAUUCACCUCAGUCACUGUUAGAGAACAGGACAUCCAUCUUCUACAGCAUGGCUAAAGAUGCAGGCUUAGCAUGAGUUCACUAAACAAGAAUGUAUUGAGGAGAAGAAGAGAGAAAUGUGUUCCUCCAAUUCAUAACGUGCAUCAUAUCCAACUGCAUCUUUUAAGAGAAGCGUGGUUAGCAGCAAACCAUGAUGACUUCCAGAAGAAAGCAUUUAAGCACACAAAUAUACUAUGUUGACAGUAUUGUUGUUUGUUUUUGUUCAGGAUACAGAAAACAGUACAAAAUCAGGAAUCAGAGAUGCUACUUGAUAUCCAUCAUUUCUCUUCAUAAGUGUAAAUUAUUAUUUAAUCUUAUGCUGUACAGGAUUUUUUAAUGGAAAAACUUAUCACAGUUGUCAAGAAACAAGCCCUUUUUCUCAGGUUCAUCACAGCACAUUAUUUUUUUAAAAAAAUUGUCCUUAAUCAGCCGCUCGUUUCUCCACUUUAGCACAUAUUUUUGAGAGCAAUGUUUCUAAUAUCAAAAGUUAAUGUUUUUUACAGUGAUAUCAUUUCCAUUGCCAUUUAAACUUUUGACAUCCUUUGUUCAAGAUGCCUUUGUUUUGAUUUUCUUUUAUAUUUAUGAUUCGUUGAUUCAUUUAUAAACACACCUUUUGUAACUGGUCCUCGUUAUUUUGAUGCCAUCUCCUCUUUUGUCAUUGAUUUUUGUGAUGUAAGCAAAUAUUUCUAUUUUUUUAUGGUUGCAGUGGCAAUAGGAGGUGAUGUCGAAUUUACUUUCAGUACUUAAAUUCCAGUGCGCAUCCAAAGCAGUAAAAUGGCACUGUACUUCAUUGUUUUACACAUUUGGACAGUUAAUUGAUUCAUUCCAUAGUUCAUUGUAGUGAGCAAUUACAACAUUGGAAAGUGUAAUUGCUCAUUUCCAUAAUGAAGUGAAACAAAAAUGUGAAAGCUUGUUGCUGUAUGACUGUGCUGCUGUGCCAGAUAAGAUUCAUAAUCAUCUCCCAUUUUUUAUUGUAGUACUUAUUACAAUUGUACUUAUUUAUUUUGUGUUCAUCAGUGUUAGUUUUGCCAGAGACACAUUACAUCACAGGACAUUUGUGUAAAUGUACAUGAAUUAUUAUUAUUACUAUUAUUAUUCCUGUCAGGCAGUCAUAGUGAACAUAUAUUUGUGAUAUAUGUUGUGUGCUUGAAAAGUAAAACUGUAUUCUUUGGUGUGUCAGAAGGAAACAAGUGCCUGCUGCAUGUGAUACAGUGUGUUUGUGACAAGAUUUUGUCAUGAAAUUGUGAUAGACCAUGUACUUCAUAAACUGCCUUAAAGGAAUGCCAGUAAAUUGUGAUAUCUGAAAGCUGUGUAUGUAACUGUUUUUAUACAAUUCAUUCUCAUUUUAGAAAAUAUUUUCUCUGAAUUGUCUAUGUAUAUUACACACAUUUGAUACUUCUGUUUCAAAUAAAAAAAAAAAAUGAUUUCUUGAAUAAA